UGAUGAUGUUUGGAUGAGUGCUGGGCUGGGCUUUUGUCGUGGAGGCCGGGCAUACAAAGCUACAUUCUGGGCGGAGUCUGGACUUUUAGUGCUGGAGUUUGACUGAUAAAAAUAUGCUUGUAUCGAGUGCAAUCGGAUUUUGCAAACUGCUUCGGAGCAAUAUAAAAGGACGAAGAUGAAGAUCCAACAACAACAACCACAACAACAAACUACUAUGCCUCAAUUCACUCAUCACCAUCAUCAUAAUAUCCAAAGACCACACUCAACCACACCCACAACCGAACGAACCUACUACAAUCACCACCACCACCACCAUCAUCAUCAUUCAUGGUCAGCCUCAACCCAAAACCAACACCGAGCACCCAUCACAAAGCACCGAUCGAGCUCCUCCUACUCAACCGAUCACCAUCAACAACAACAACAUAGACAGCCCCGAUCGCCUCGCGGACCUCCUCAGUCCAAAACAAACCUCACCAUCCAUCGAGCAUCCGCCUCCAAACCAUGCUCUUCUCCUCUGGCCACCCCGAUCAUCUGUUCCACUUCCUCCUCCGCCUCCUCCUCCUCGUUCUCAUCCUCAUCCAGACAACUCCUGCCCUCCACUCUCUCGCGCGCCAACAGUCUUCCAGGGAAGCCCCAUCGACCGAUCGCCCAACGUUCCAUCACCGCCUCCGCCCACUUCAUCGUCCCCGCUUCCUCCUCCUCCUCCUCCUCCUUGGCCUCCUCCUCCGCUAGACUCAAACGCACCCAUACCUCGCCCCCUCCCCCGCUUCUCUCCUCUAGACUCCCGACCUCGCCCACUCCUGCUUCCGCUGUCACUCGGGCUUCCGGAGUCACCGUCUCCGGAAGGAUGGUCGAGUCAGAUUCUGACCUUUCGCGAAGAGAGACCUUGUCGAAUGUCUUGCGCGCCGUCAGUCAAUCCGGCCUAGGCCGCUCCCGCUCCCACCAUCAUCAUCAUGCGCCAACGACGACGACGACGACGACUGGCACGAGUUUCCAUCCGGACCCGAGUCCUUCGGCUCCCGUGCUCGCCAUCGCCAGGUGUAGCAGUCGGUGUGGGGCUCAGAACGGGCGGACGGAUGGGGUGGAUGAAGACGUGACGCCGAUCAACGGAAGUGAAGAGCCAGAGGGCGGGAGUAAUACAGGAAGCCAACCGGGGACGCCGGGACGAGCGAGGUCAAUGGCCGACCGGCUCCCGUUCUCGAGCAGUUUGUCGUCGGGCUCGGGCGGCUGGGCCGCGGACGACGGGGGGCUAGGAUACGAAGCUCGCGAGGGCCGGAGCUGUGAGGAUCCCCCGGGAAGCCAGACGAGCGGGUACAUCAGCUUCGCCAGUCUCAACCUCUGCGCGCCCCCGAGUCCACCCGAAUCCGUCCAUCCCCCCUUCUUCGAUCACUUCGCCCCUUCCCCCCCUCCUCUUCAUCAUCAUUGUCUGCUUCUGGAAAACCAUUCUCCCCUCUGUCGUCGCCCUAUCACGCCCCGCUUCUAGCUCCCCUUCGGUCAACUAUCUUCGCUCCUUUUUCUCUCUUCUUUCUUUGGGGCUUCUGUUUUUUCCGGCUUCUCGCGGGUAUCCGUCUUCUCGCAUCAUCCAUCCUUCCCAUCUGCUUUGUUUACAGUCUCUCUUUUCUGUUGGGAUUGAUUUUUCAGUGAUUUAUAUAUAUAUAUAUGUAUGCAUUCUUUUCUGGGUUAUAUAUACACACACACAAACACAUUGGGUUCUUGUCUUUCUUUCGGCUUGAGCGGUGUCUUCAGGGCCCCCAUUGGCUGUGCAGUUCUGGCUCCUCUACAUACUCACUCACAUACUUACUCACUUGGUUGUCUUCUCUCUCUCUUGUACACAUGAUUUAUAUUCCUUGACCACACAACAAACAAGACCCACACUGAGAUUUACAAUAAUCACUAUAUAUUUAUCUGCACA